ACCGCCUUCCUCCUGGGUCCCUUCCUGGUCUCUGGAUGCUCUUCUCCCAACUUCCUUGUACCUGCGGCGUGUGUGGGAGCAGAUGAAGGAUUCUCUGGGGUGCCCAGGGAAUUUGGAACCUCGGGGCUAGCUUCUGUGGACAAGCCCUUCAGCCCCUCUGGGCCUUAGUUUCCACCCCUGUAAAAUGGGGAUAAUGACACUUCCCUCAGGGACCAGUGAACUUCGUAAACCAAGUCGUGAUUACUGUGGGUGGAAGCGCUUAGCAAAGGCGUAAUUGAAGUUCAGCUCUAGAAUGCAUCGUUGCUGCUGUCGUUACUACUCCGUCUGGACUGGGUGACCUGGCCCCUCCUCCCCCGCACUGUGGAAACCUCGCACCGCACGCAGCACGGGCACCACUCCCCACGUCUUCUGGGGAGCCCUAGAGAUAAGCGAGGGAGCCUCCUCCCUGGAGGAUGACUGUCGAAGCGCAGGAGAAGGGAUAGGGGCCCCUGUGAGGGUGGCCGUAGGACUCGCGGGGGCUUCGCGCCUGGCAAGCGGCGGGCCAGGUGAGCAGGAACCGCGGCCGGCUGGGGCGGGGGACUGGCGGGCCUCCGGUUGCUGCGGGGCUUUGCGGGUGCUGGCCCAGAGGGCGGGGCCCGGAGGCCAUCUUGGCUGUGGGCGGAAGUUUUCUUCAGAGACAGGGCGAGGGGAAGUCGUUGCCGCCCUCGGCCUGGUGGCGCGAUCUGGAUUUGGAUAUGGGGUAGAGAAGCGUGGGAACUGGCGGCCCCGCACACAGGCAAGGGCGGGUGGUCACGGACACAACCCGCCCGGGCCCCGGCCGAAUACGGUGCUGCCCCAGCACCUCGAUCGCCCACCGCCUCUCCUAACUCCCCGCGCCUGGCGGCGGCGUAGCUCACACCCAUUCUCCAACGACUACGCCCGGGGUGCGGCGCGAGGUUGCGGGGUUGGGGCGGGGGGGCGGGGGUGCUUAGAUCCUACGCAAUUUGCGUAGCAAACGGCGCCCGCGCAGGCGCAAGAGUGGGCGGAGCCGCAGGAGCCGGGGAGCUGGAGCCCCGGAGCCCCGGAGCCCCGGGUCCCAGCGACCGGAGCCGGCUCCUCCAGAGGCGGACUGAGGGCCUGGCGUCGACCUCCUCCCGCCUCCCGCGGCUGGAGAGUGGACGCAGUGGAGGGUGGGUUGGCAGCAUCCGGAAUCCCAGGACUGAAGGCAGAGGCCCCCCACCCCAUCCGGAUUGUUGGAGGGGAGAGAGCCUCCAGUUUGAGGAGGGGGAGAGCUGGGUGUUGAGCGCCCUCAGCAGCGACCGCUGCCCAGAACCGAGGGGCAUCGACCGGCUCUCCCCCUCCUGCCCAGACGACUGGAGCGACCAAGGCCAAGUACCCUUCUCCUCAGCCUCUGCAACUCCAAGCUCCUGGCUCUGGGACUGGCCCAGGGCGGCGACACUCCCCACCCCCCACGCCUUCCACCCUCAGCCCUGGAGACGAGAGACUGUCCUUCCACGUUCCUGAGUGAGGGGCCCAGGCCCCAGGCUGCCAGUGCCUCGCCUCAAGGGCUGCUGCAAGGGCGAAUGUCCCUCCGUUUCAAGGAAGGGCCUGGCCAGCCACAACUUCUUUCCCCUUGAGCUCCCCAUCUCUGUCUCUGCACCCUGCACCUCCCACCACUCCAUAUUUAUUUUUAUUUCCCUGGCCCCCUGCCAGCCCCUCCAUCUCUGUAUCAGGAUUCAGGUCUCCCUCCCUGACAUGGAGAGUAACCUGUCUGGCCUGGUGCCUGCUGCUGGUCUGGUGCCUGCGCUGCCACCGGCCGUGACCCUGGGGCUGACUGCAGCCUACACCACUCUGUACGCCCUGCUCUUCUUCUCCGUCUAUGCCCAGCUCUGGCUGGUGCUCCUGUACGGACACAAGCGUCUCAGCUAUCAGACGGUGUUCCUGGCACUCUGUCUGCUCUGGGCUGCUCUGCGUACCACUCUCUUCUCCUUCUACUUCCGAGAUACACCCCGAGCCAACCGCCUGGGGCCCCUGCCCUUUUGGCUUCUCUACUGCUGCCCCGUCUGCCUGCAGUUCUUCACACUGACGCUCAUGAACCUCUACUUUGCCCAGGUGGUGUUCAAGGCCAAGGCGAAGCGUCGGCCAGAGAUGAGCCGAGGCUUGCUGGCUGUCCGAGGGGCCUUCGUGGGGGCCUCGCUGCUCUUUCUGCUGGUGAAUGUGCUGUGCGCGGUGCUGUCCCGCCGGCGCCGGGCGCAGCCCUGGGCCCUGCUGCUGGUGCGUGUCCUGGUGAGCGACUCCCUGUUUGUUAUCUGCGCGCUCUCUCUCGCUGCCUGCCUCUGCCUUGUUGCCCGGCGGGCGCCCUCCACCAGCAUCUACCUGGAGGCCAAGGGGACCAGUGUGUGCCAGGCAGCUGCGAUGGGUGGCGCCAUGGUCCUGCUGUACGCCAGUCGAGCCUGCUACAACCUGGCAGCCCUGGCCUUGGCUCCCCGGAGCCGGCUGGACACCUUUGAUUACGACUGGUACAACGUCUCUGACCAGGCGGACCUGGUGAACGACCUGGGCAACAAGGGCUACCUGGUGUUUGGCCUCAUACUCUUUGUGUGGGAGCUGCUGCCCACCACCCUGCUGGUGGGCUUCUUCCGGGUGCACCGGCCUCCGCAGGACCUGAGCACCAGCCGCAUCCUCAAUGGGCAGGUCUUUGGCUCCCGUUCCUAUUUCUUUGACCGGGCCGGGCACUGCGAGGAGGAGAGCUGCUCCUGGGAGCGUGGCCAGGGCGAGAGCACCAGCAUGUCAGGCAGUCUCGGCUCCGGCAGCUGGUACGGCGCCAUCGGGCGGGAGCCAGGCUGGUACGGGGGCAGCCAGACGCGGACCACGCCUCUGCUCUUCUCCCAGGUGCUGGGCCCAGGCAGCCACCACCACAGUCUCUAUUCCACUCCACAGACGUGAUCCCCCUCCGCCUCUCCUCAGAACGCCCAGACCCCCAUCCCUCCCGUCCCGGGCCCCUGUGCCAAGUUCAUCUGCUGCUUCUUGCCCAGAAUCCCAGGGGCCGUGGCCACCCCCUCCCCUGGCCGGCUCCUUGCUACUUCCACUGUAGUGAGUUCGCGCCAGCC